GCGCAAUCCGGCGCAUAAAUUUGACUUCCGCACCAUAAUCGCACCCGCCCGCGAGCAUUGCUUAAGAACCCAAAUCUGCUGCAGCCUGGAUAUGAUGGCUGCACAAAAGUUCAGUUUCAAACGACAGACUACUUCGCCUUUCUUUCUCCAUCAGCUCCAAACCUAACACCGAAAGGACGAUAAAGCAACACAACUAAUACCAUUUUUUGUGUGUUUCCUUUGAUUCUCCAUCGAUAAGUGCCACGCCCCCUUUCAUCCUUCGAUCCCGCGGAAGCUCACCCCUCAUAGCCCCAUUCUUGAUUUGGCUCUUUCAUGAACCCAGGUCAUCUAGUUUAACCAAAUAAUAGCACUGACUGCUUCAAUACCCCCUACUCUCUGGCUUUUUCCACGACAGGUCCUGUUCCCACAGCAGACACCGUCUUUCCCCGCCCCGUUGCAUCCAUGUUUUUGAACAGAAUCAAAGUAGACAAAAGCUUGUCGCACUUAAAGGUAGACGCCUCGCUCCAGGUGCCGCUGAACCCCCAGCCGUGCACGAACUACUUGGCGGUGCAGGAGCAGAAGAGCCACUCCACCAGAAGCUUGCUCAAAAAGAAAAGCAGCCAGCUUUUGAACUUUGGGGGCUCUUCUGCCUCGCUCAAACCUCCAGUUCGCUCGCACAUACUGUCCCAGGCCUCCAGCGUAGCCUCCAGCAGCUGGGAUUUACGCAACCCGGGUAGCCCCUCCACGCCGGCGAUGGAACGCACGCCCUCCCACACGUCUAUGGCGUCGUUCUACACCACCGACGAAGACGCUCUUUACGAUGUGUUCAACGUGAUUGACCCAGUGCCGGCAGCUCCGCCCUCUUACAACGAUUUACCGCCGGGCGGUAUUCCAAAGUUCUGCAUCUUUCCGCGCCACACCGAAGGCAGCGAAGCCUUGCCGUGCUAUAUACCUUCAGUGUACAAACUCUUUCGGACAGAGCGCAAGGUGGAGUGGAUUUCUCCGUACGAGCCGUCCACCAGCAGAAGCUGGAAGGACUGCAUCGUGGAGAUCAACAACACUCAGCUCAAUAUCUACGGCUUGGUCGACCAGGUGAAGCACUUCAAAUACGACUCAACUAAAAUCUUUGGCGAGCGCGGCGACUUGCAGGACUACACCAGCCGCUAUACCACCGACGAAGACUUACAGUUUAUGAUGUACUGCCAGAACUUCAAGGUGUUGGUGCCGUCUAACUUGCUCCGCUCCUACUCGUUGCAGCACGCAGUGGUCGGCUCCGCCAACGACUUCACCAAGCGCAAGAACUGCAUGCGUGUGCGGGCCGAGACGGAGCAGUUUUUGUUCCACUUUAAGGCGUUGGAAGACAUGAUUGAUUGUCACACCGCCAUGUCAAAUGCCCGUGACGUGUCGUUGGACUUGGCCCUUCGCGAGAUGCCCAAGUACCGCACCGUUCCCAGGCGGAGAAGACGGGACCGCCGCGGCGGAACCAACUCCGGCACCGGGAACAGAAACAGGUCCUACUCCGACACCGAGUUGAUACGAAGGAGCUUGAACGAGCGGUUCUUCAAGCGAGGCAACAGCGCGAGCUCCUUGCAUACCUUGUCCAUCAAUAAUCCGCUCAAGAACAAGUUGUUUAGCAGGAUGUCGUUUAGCAGGUCCAAAGAUCGCACGGCCUCCUCUCCGUCCUCUGUUGCUUCGUCUCCUGCCCCGCAGGACAGAGGUUACAGCACGCGUGGAAGUGCGACCCACUCCCGAAUCAGUUCCUCUGCCCACUCCUCCAUCACCGACAUCAUGUCUAGCAAUGCCCCGCAUACAGCUACCACCGAGUUGACCCCGCAGUCAUCUUCAAAUGAGAAUGAGAGAUUACUGCUUAACCGGAGUAGUGUGGAAGAGCAGGACGAGCAGGAGCGCCAACAGAACGACGAGUAUCAAGAACUGCUGUUCGAAAACGAGAAUCUUGACGACAUGGACGAAGAGGACAUCGACGAUAUUCACGAUAUUGCCGAGUCAGAUGAUGAAGACGAAACCAACGAAGGAGCCUCGGGGAUGGUGGAAGUUGCCUCUGCACCAGUCACCAACUCACCUUCCUCCACCCAUCUCCAUCCGUUUAUGUUCAACAACUUCUACGAAGACGACGGGGACCGUCGUGGCACCAACUGGAAUUCCGAUAUCAAGUGGAGACCGUUGAAGAAGUUCUAUCCACACUACAAGACGGUGAGAAACAAGGCACGUUGCUUAAACUUGUUACCCGUUGACGAGCAAUGGGCCGGGAAGCCGGUGGUUUGUGCCACAAUCACACCCAACUACAUUGACUUCAUCCAGAAUAUCAACUUCAACAAGUUUGGUUCGUCGCCAUCACUGGUGUCUUUGUUCUCCAAGGGCUCCGCUAUAAGGGGCGACUACCAGUCCCCCAGAAGUGGUAGCUCAGCUAGAUUUUCUAGCAGAGACAUUAAUUCCAGUGUUAACAAGGCUGCGCGCAUCCCAGAGCACUACACCAGACAGUACACGGUUAGCCCGGGCGGUCUAGUUCCUGCUUGAUCCCAUCUCAUUAUGUUUAAUAUGAUUCUUUAUUCUUUGGUUUUGGUUUCUUUUUGAUUGUAUUUUGUGUCUUCACUCAUCUCACUUUAUGAUUAAUUUCUAGAUCGUUGAUAGUUACCGGUCUGGGGACGCAUGCAAAUAUAAACUAUGUCUAUACG